AUGAGUAGUUUAAGUGUUCCACCCCCCUCAGAAGGGAGACAACCUACGUUUCUAGAUACUCUUAAAGGUUUUACCAAGGAUAAUUUAUCCCAUGGUGUUCGUAGUAAUCUUUCUAAACUGGACCCUAGGUUACCGGAAGACUUGAAGAACAUUACUCUCUACUUGAAGGAAGAGAAAAAUGUUUUGACGAGUUUACAGAAUGCUGCAACUGAAAGAAGAGAAGAUAGUGGCGAUGACAUUGCCGAUAUUACCGAAAAAUUAGCUGAUUUAUUAACGAAAAUUUCAGACGUUGAGAUCGUAAUGACCGAAAAAUAUGAGCAUUAUAGAAAUAUUAUUAAAGAAAUUCGUACAGCUGAAGCACGACUUAUCGUUCAUAAAGAAAAAAAACGAAAGAUUAACGAUGAAAUAAACAGAAUAAUGAAGUCACAUCCAAAAUCACCUAGAAUUGCCGAACUUGAAGCUGAUCUUAAAAUGGUUAAUCAUGACGCUUUGGCUGAUGAAAAUGAUGUUGCCAAUAUUAGAAGAAGAAAAUUUAAAGAAGCGAUAGCAGUUCAUUUAAACGCUACAUUUGAAGCGGCAGAAAAAACUGCUAUUAUUUCUGGUUUUGGUUGGGAUCUUGUUGAACAAAUUGAUGCAACUCCUACUAGACCUGGUGAACAAAAAUUACCAUAUAAAGGUCUCGAGAUAACUCAACAAACGAUUAAAGAUUGUCAGCUUGCUCUACAUCGUUGGCAACCGUCCUCUUCAGAAAUUAGACCUAUUUUACCAACUUUAACCAACACUGCUCCAGCACAGUUAGCAGCUCAAAAAGCGGAAUAUGAAGCAAAAAUUAGUCAACUUAUGACCAACAUGAAUGCUUUGAAGGAUGAGCAUGAAGUUCAAGUGACCGGAUUUGCUACAAGUUUAGAGAAUCAAAAACGAGAUUACGAAGCACAAAUUAAUGAGUUGACCUCUGCUUUAGCGGCACAAAAGGAGGGGUAUGAAGCGCAACUUAACGAUUUAUCUACCGCAUUACAGACAGAAAAAGCGACCGCCGAACGAAAAAGUGCUGAUGCGGCAUCAGCUCUUGAAUCUCAUAAACAAGAAUUUAAUACCAAAUUUCAUGAAAUUUCUGCAGAACUAGAAGCUUCAAAGAAAAAAUAUGAGGAACAAUUAAAACAGUAUAAUGCAUUAAUUUCUCAAAAACAAGAAUACGAGAUCGCGCUAAGAGAAAGAGAUUCGAUUAUUUCAAAACUUCAAGUCGACGUUAAUGGUGUAGCAACAGAAAAAGGGAAGUUGAGUCAAGUGAUAAAGGAGUUGGAGGAAACCCUUAAAUCUAAAUCUACAACAAUUGACCAAAAAGAAGACAAGAUUGGUAAAUUAGAAGAUGACAUUUCUAGUAUAAAGGAUCAGCUUGCAGGAUUAAAAAUAUCACCGGCGAUUACAACGAAUCUUUCAGAUCCUUCAUCUUCCACCCGUAGCGUUGUGGGACACGUGCCAGUUUUAUCGGAAGGCAGUACUAUCAGUGAAGAACCACCUAAUACCACUUCUUCAAAUAAUUCUACAGAACUAAAUGGACCUGGACCUACUGCACCACAUGUUCCUCCACAAUUUGGUGGGUUUGGACCUCCAUCUCAACAAGGAUAUUAUGGUCAACAAUAUUAUCAACAAUCGUUCUAUAAUCCUCAACAACCAUUUUAUGGACAAGCUCAACAAGGUCAAAGUCCUUAUGGCGGUUUUCAACAACCUCCUCCGCCAGGACAAUUCGGUCAAGCCGCUCCUUCACCGCAACCACCGAGUGGUUUUGUUGGUGGAUUCUUCCUUGGACAACCUGACGAUGCACCACCAGCUUACGAUGGACCGCCAAAAGAAGGUUUGCCUGAAGACAAAAAAGAGAAAAAUUGA